CUUCCAGCUACGGGGCUGGGGACUCGAGGGUGCCUGUCAGUAGGACCCCAGAAUCUCGAGGGUCUGUCUCUCUUCUAUAUUGCCUGCCCAGCAGGGCCUGGCUUCCUCCCACCGGCUUCCUCCUCAGUUUCCUGUGUGCUGUGGAGUGUGGGGGAAGACAUGGUUAUCCCCUCCCGCCCCACUCUGUUCUGUUCUUCUCCCAGGAGCUACUUGGCAAUGCUGCUGCUGCUGCUGCUGCUGCUGCUGCUGCUGCUGCUGCUCCCACUGGCCAUGCUGUGGCAGCAGAGGUCUCGGGAUGCCAGGCCAUCUUGGCUGAUCCACCUCCAGCACCAGGUGGCCUGGGGGGCACUGGGCUGGGCAGCCGCCUGGCAGCAGCGAAAACUGGAACGGAGCACAAGGCACGUGGGCCAGAGCCAGCAGCGAGCGCUCAUGUGGUGUCUGAAGAGAGCCCAGAGUCCCUGCAGUCUCCCCCGGGGGAAUACAGACAUGAGCACCUUCCGGAAUCAUCUCCCACUGACCAAAACCAGCCAAGCCCAGAAGGAAGAAAGUGAAGAGAAGCACCUUCCCCCUGCUUUACCCCAGUACCAUGGAGAGGCGUCUCUGCAGGCCACCCUGCUGGGGCUGGUAACCCUAAACAAGGCCUAUCCAGAAGUGCUGACUCCAGGAAGUACUGCAUGUGUGACCCCUACAUCCCCAUGGCCCAGCUCUGUCCCCUGGCUCGGGCACGCCCUGGGCCGGGUAAGCCCUCUUGGAGCCAAGGACACUUGGACCCUGCUGCUGGAGGCACUGAUAUCCCCAGGGCUGAGGGCACUGGAGGCAAGGACUGCAGUGGAGCUCCUGGAUGUCUUUGUGGGCCUGGAGGCAGAUGGCAAAGAACUGGCUGAGGCCAUAGCAGCUGGGAACCUAGGAACGCCUCUCCCCAGACGAGCAGCUGAGCUGCAGGAAGCCCUGGAACAGGGACCCCGAGGAUUGGCCCUUCGGCUCUGGCCAAAGCUGCAGGUGGUGGUGACUCUGGAUGCAGGAGGCCAGGCAGAAGCUGUGGCUGCCCUUAGAGCCUUGUGGUGCCAAGGGCUAGCCUUCUUCUCUCCUGCCUAUGCUGCCUCUGGAGGGGUGAUGGCCCUAAACAUGUGGCCAGAGCAACCCCAAGGAUUCUACCUUCUUCCCCCUGGAGUCCCCUUUAUUGAGCUGCUUCCAAUCAAGGCAGGAACCCGAGAGGAGGCAGCCUCCACUCUCCUUCUUACUGAUGUCCAAAGAGAGGAAGAGUAUGAGCUGGUGCUAACUGACCAUGCGGGACUGACCAGGUGCCGCCUGGGAGAUGUGGUACAGGUGGUUGGUGCCUACAAUCAGUGUCCUGUUGUCAAGUUCACCUGCAGGCUGGGACAGACCCUGAGUGUUCGAGGAGAAGUUACUGAUGAGAAUUUAUUCUCUGCGGCCCUGGCCCAAGCAGUGGGGCAGUGGCCAGGGGCGAAGCUGUUGGACCAUGCCUGUGUGGAGAGCAGCAUUCUGGACUCCUGUGACGGUUCUGCCCCGCACUACGAAGUGUUCGUGGAGCUGAGGGGAUUGAGGAAUCUGUCAGAGGAAAAUCGAGACAAGGCUCAGACACCUGGCCCAGCUCCUGCAGAAGAGGGUGAUAUCCUAACCAAGGCAACCAUCACCAGGCUUCCCUUUGCCUCCUUACUCCGUCCUUGGGGAUAUCUCCAGAUGUUGAGGCCUGGACUGGACAUCACAUAAUAUUGGCCCAUCAGAGCCACUGGCCUUAGGAAGGCCUUGGACUCAUUGGCUGGUAUUAAGGUGGAGGCUUUGGCGUACAGCAGAACCCAGCAGUGCCUCAUGACUGACUGUCCCUUCAGCCUACUCUACUUGACACUGCUGAGGAGUUCUGAUACACCCUGGCGGCUUCCUGUAUCUCAGCCCUUCUCGUGUGCUGGACCAGGGUACAGCAUGGGCUGAAAGUGUAGGUGAUGCUCCCUGAGUGCCUCCUUCAGGAACAGGAGCAAAUGAAUAAAGAUCAUAGUCUCGUGGUCCGAGGUAUAUUAUUGGUGAAAUUAUUAAGGCCACUCCAUGUAGUUAAAAGGGAGGUUU